AUGUUUAGCUCUGACAAUACGGUAACGAAUAAUGGAGUGAUUGUGCGUCGAUUCGCGCAUACGGACGUGCGAUUCCCAAACUUCGAUGAGUAUCGUCACGAUGCCACACUUGACUGCAAAAAAGCGGCAAGAGAAACUGAAGAUGAACGCAGAGUGGUUCCACAAAUGAUCUAUUACGGAGUAGGAGGAAUGUUGGCAUUGAUGACCGCCAAGGAGUCCGUGCAAAAAAUGGUUGCUUUCAAAGGUAUGGCCUGUGAUCAGGUGGCACAGGCUUUUACCAUUGUGAACAUGGAUGAAAUACCCGAGGGACAGACGAAAACGUAUGAAUGGCAAGGAAAACCAGUGUUUGUCAAGCACCGAACAGCACAUGAGAUCGAAGAAAUGAAAGCGGUUAAUAUAAGCCAAUUGAGGCAUCCGGAGUCUGAUAGUCAACGAGUGAAACGAGCUGAAUGGCUGAUUGUAGUUGGUGUUUGUACACAUCUCGGAUGUGUUCCGAGUCCUAACUCUGACGAAUUCAUUGGUGGCUACAAAUGUCCAUGUCAUGGGGCGUAUUUUGAUGCGUCUGGCCGGAUUCGCAAAGGACCGGCUCCAUUGAAUCUACGUGUACCUACGUAUCGCUUCAAAGGAAAUCAAAUCAUCAUUGGUAGUAAACAAAAUUAA